GGGGCAGGGGCAGCCCCCCCGACUGUGCAGGACAGAGGUGCCGGUGGCGGUGGAUGCCAGCGUGCCCAACGUGCAGGUGACGAGGCUCACCCUGAUGUGCGAGCAGGCGCCGGGGCCCAUCACCAUGGACCUGACAGGAGACCUGGAGGUGCUGCGGGGCCGGGCCUUCGUGCUGAAGGAGGGGGUGGACUACAGGGUGAAGGUGUCCUUCAAGGUGAGGCGGGUCGAGAUGGUCUGCGGGCUGCGGUGCCUGCACCUCACCUACCGCCGGGGCCGGCCUGUGGACCGUGAUGUCUUCAUGGUGGGCAGCUACGCGCCGCGGGCUGAGGAGUACGAGGUGGUGACACCGGCGGAGGAGGCGCCGCGGGGCUGGCUGGCACGGGGCUCCUACCGUGUCCGCUCCCUCGUCACUGACGAUGACAAAAUGGAGCAUCUCUCCUGGGAGUGGGGCCUCUGCAUAAAGAAGGCCUGGGAGGACUGACCCACCCCCAUCCACAUCCUGGUUUCCCCCGCCAGCUCGGAGAAGCGGUGCCUGCCAACCCGGGGGACCCGUUGCCGGCGUCGCCGCGCUUGCCCUGGUCAUGUGAAGGGUUGUGUGUGUGUGGGGGGGUCCCUUAGCGAGCGGGCACCCGCGGUCGUGGUCUUUGCAACCAAAGUUAUUUUUAAUUGCUGUUUUUUUUUAAAUACCGACGCCCGCCUGCUCCUCGUGGCGUCCCCAUCGCUGGGGCCGGGGCCAUGACCCUGCUGUGGCGGCGCCGUGCCCGGCUACCCACCCGGUCGCAGGCUGUGCUCUUCCAUCGCCAUUAAACCCUACAGACUGGUCUCUUA